AUGCGUGCGGCUGACCGUGCCUACUACGGUGUGUAUACUCCAACCUGUCCUAUUCAACCCGACUCGUUGCGUAACCGUGUGCACGGGGUUGCCACUUGGACCUCGAGGCCGGACAAAGAUGGUUGUAUCUCGUAUGAGAGCGGAUUGGGGAGGCGGAAGGUUAGUGCGAUAGAAUUUGCGCGUUACCUGGAAGUCCUCGCAAUGGAGAUGCAGCCAGUUCUGGAUACGUUGGUAAGGGCGACAGUUGCAGACAAUGAGCCAGCCCCGAAAGCGUGGCAGUUCCAGUUCGAGAUGGCGAAGCAUGCUCACUCCCUCAGAGAGGCAAGAAGUUAUUCCGACCUCUCGUUUGCCCACGUCGUGGCUUCCCAGCAGUGCGCCAAAGCCGUACACUUCUACCGAAAGUACCGCAAACAGGCGGAAGAUCUCCUGCACGUCACCCCUCAGCUGGAACCCGCUCAACAAAUGACCAGUCCACCAACCUCUGUCGCACCUUCGGCGGGACACCGCACAUCGCGUGUUGCUCACGAGCACCCUCCAGUUGCACCUAGCCCUUCAAUUAGAGCUAGCACAUCAUCCAAACCUCUGCUAGGAUUGCCAGCAGGUGGUGAGGAGGUAGGGCUUGGAUCGCCAGCCCAUACACCUCCACGCAAGGAUGAGCCGAGCCGAGCUGGAAAUGGGUCGAGCAGCACGAAUACCACAGUGGGUCUUGCUACGAUGCAGCGAUGCCCCUCUCAGCAUACACGGCGGUCCGGGAAGGCAGACGAAGCGACACGACGAGAGUCGCCCGUUCAGGUCACGCCCUCCGAGACUGCUUUGCCAAAUAGGAAAAUCUCGCACGAUGGGCAUACCUUAGACUCGAGGGAGGAUGAAUAUUCGAGUAGGGUGUGCCAUUCGACGCAGCCUCGCACGAGCCAGGAGAGUCAAGGGGAGGGGGAAGUACAAUCGCCGCUGAGACCAGCGCGACCUCGCCCGUUGUGGUGCCCCAACUCCCCACCUCAUCUCGCACACCUGCCGAAUUCGCUCGUCUCGUCACCCAGCAUGGCCACCGCCGCAUCCAUGAGCGAGCUUAUUGAGGCCGCGCUAUCGGAAGCCCAGCCAGGUCCCAUACCUCCGGCAAAUUCGAACAAGCUGGCUAUCAGGGAGAGCGACAUCAGCGCGCGAGAAGGAAGCAGGGCACGACGUGCACCUUGGUCAGAGACGCUCUGGGCCGCACGGUCGCCGCGACAGAGUCUCUCGUCGUGUCCCGCACCCGCGCUCGGGCUCAUGGUAGCUGCGCGAGAGUCGUCUCGAAUGACCGUGGUGUCGUCGGCAAAAGCUGAGGAGCGGCCGAAGAGCGGGGGGCUUGGGCCUUCGCGGAUGGGGGACAUGAACGCGAACACAGGGAAAUGCCCUCUGAACGUACCUCCGCCACCACAUGUACUCCUGCCGUCAUCCCACGCCAUUGCGUCGCAGGACAAGUCGGACGCUCCCGCUCGCUCGCUCACCACGCGGUUGGUGCUCGCGCGCGAGUUGGUGAGCCCUGAGCUCGACGUCAACGCACGAGAAGGGAGCAGCACGCAAUGCGCACCUCUGGACGAGUUGCGGGAGGUAGACGUCUCGCGCGCGCAAGCGUGGCGCAUCUUGCCAGUCGCACGGUCUCGGACGAGUCUCGCGCCACCGACAAAUCUGAAGGAACUGUCAGGUUCAAAUAGCGUUAGCGGGCAACGGGAGAGUGGCGCGCGAUGCGCACCUUGGUCGGACACCUGUGGCCGUAAGCCAUUUGCAAAAGAGCCCGGCAAUUGUCUGCCAGCCUUUUGCAAAAGAUGCGAGGCUGUUGUCGGCACUGCCACACGCCCCGGCCAGGUCGCCGGGAUCCCGCCGGCUCCUGCCCAAUGCGGUGGGCAGCUCCCCGGGCUCGCCGGUCGGGGUUGCCCGCCGCACGCGAUGCGCGUCGCGCACUCUGCCCCGCAGUCGGGAUUGAUGCGCGCGCGCGACGGCUCUUGA